AAAGAAUACAAGAAAAUUGACACAGAAAGACACUUUUUCCCAUCAAUUUUUUCACAGUGUUGAGCGAGUUUGAAGAACAAACAGUGUAGUUUGUUUUGAUGAUUCUCACGUGUUGCCGGAUCAUAUUUUGCCUGCAAAGAGCAAUUUCCUGGCCAAAAUCAUUCCCAAAAAAUGGAAAAGUCCACCAAUAAAGUCUUCCUGCGCAAGACAAAGCGCGGAAAGAUCCUCAAGAUUGUCCGGGAGCACUACUUGCGGAAUGACAUCUUCUGCGGCUCCGCGGCGUGUGAGGUAUGUCCUCAGAUGUCUCACGACAAGAUCCUCUCGUCCUGCCCGCCGUCGCCGAGCAGCGAAUUCAGCUUUCCGCACUACAUCGUGCCGGACACGAACGUCGUGCUGGAUCAGAUCGACGUGCUGGAGGAGAGCGUCCUGUGUGACAUUGUGGUGCCGGUGAUUGUGCUGGAGGAGGUGAAGAACAAGAGCUCGGCGGUGUACAAGCGCCUCCGCGAGUUGGUGUCGAAGAGCAGCCGGCGGAUUUACACGUUCGUCAAUGAGCAUCACAAGGACACUUUUGUGGAGCGCCAAGCCGGCGAGUCGAGCAACGAUCGCAAUGAUCGCGCCAUCCGGACGGCCAUUGAGUGGUACAACGGCCACUUGAGGCUGAGUCAGAAGGGAAAGACGGAGGAGAAGCGACUGAAAGUCAUCCUGCUGACGAACGACGUUGAGAACAUGCGGAAAUCCCGUGAAAUGGGCAUCACGGCGCUCACAAUUGAGCAGUACGUGAAGUCCCUGAAAAGCCACCCGGAGCUGCAGGACAAGCUGGCGCAGAAGUUCUCAGACAUCGACGGGAACAAGCCCGAUCUGUUCCCUCUGCAUCUGUCGCCGGCGCAGAUCCACGAGGGCGUGCGCAGUGGGAAGCUCUUGCAGGGCUCCUUCGUGCGCUCCCGCGAGAACUACCUGGAGGGCUUCGUGUCGGUGGAGGAGAUGGACAAGUCCAUCCUGCUGCAGGGCAGGGAAUCGCUCAAUCGCGCCGUGGACGGCGAUAUUGUGGCUGUGGAGCUGUUUCCCGAGGACAAGUGGUCAGCGCCGUGCGGCGUGAUCAUCCAGGACGACGCUGAGGAUCCUGGAGACGUGCUGGAGGACGAAUCGGGACUGCUGAAGACACCCAAGGAGAUCGAGCGAGUGCCAACGGGCAGAAUUGUGGGCAUUAUUCGGCGCAAGUGGCGACAAUACUGCGGAAUUCUGCAGCCGAGCGCACUUCCGGGCGCCGUGCGGCAUCUCUUCGUGCCGGCCGAGUCGAAGAUCCCCAAGAUCCGCAUCGAGACGCGCCAGGCGGAGAAGCUGGCGCGCCAGCGUAUCAUUGUGGCCAUCGAUCAGUGGCCCAGACACUCGAGAUAUCCGCUGGGGCACUUUGUCCGUGCCCUGGGCGCGCUGGGCGACAAGGAGACGGAGAAUGAGGUGAUCCUGCUGGAGCACGACAUUCCGCACAGCAACUUCUCGGAGGAAGUACUCAGCUUCCUGCCCAAAAUGCCCUGGGGAAUCACAGAAGCGGAUCUCGAGAGGCGCGUGGAUUUGCGGAACGUCACGAUCUGCUCGGUGGAUCCGCCGGGAUGCACGGACAUCGACGAUGCGCUGCACGCGCGCCGCGUGUCUGCGGAUCGCGUGGAAGUUGGCGUGCACAUCGCCGACGUGAGUCACUUCAUCAAGCCGGGAAAUGCGAUGGACAGAGAAGCGGCGCUGCGAGCCACGACGGUUUAUCUGGUGGAGAAGCGCAUCGACAUGGUGCCGGAGCUGCUGAGCUCCAAUCUGUGCUCGCUGCGCGGCGGCGUGGAGCGAUUCGCCUUCUCGUGCGUCUGGCAGCUGGACAACGAGGCGAAUGUCGUCGAGACGAGGUUCUUCAAGAGUGUCAUUCGCUCCAAGGCGGCGCUGACGUACGAAGAGGCGCAGCUGAUCAUUGACGACAAGACGAAGCAGGACGAUCUGGCGGAAUCCCUGCGAGAGCUGAACAAACUGGCGAAGAUCCUGAAGAGGCGGAGGAUUGACAAAGGCGCGUUGAUUCUCGCCUCGCCGCAGAUUCGCUUCCUGGUGGACAGCGAGACGCACGAUCCCAUCGAAGUGGAGGCCAAGAAGAGUCUGGAGACCAACUCAAUGGUGGAGGAAUUCAUGCUGUUGGCAAAUAUUUCCGUGGCGCAGAAGAUCGAGCGGGAAUUCCCAGAGUUUGCCAUGCUGCGACGCCAUCCGGAGCCUUCGCAGACGAAUCUGGAGACGCUGGUCAAGGCGGGUGAGAAUCAGGGCUUCACCAUCAACACGAACUCGGGGAAGGAACUGGCCACGUCGCUGGAUGCGGCUGUAAAGAAGGACAAUCCCUACUUCAACACAAUGCUGAGGAUCAUCGCGACGCGAUGCAUGAAUCAGGCGCUCUACUUCAUCUCCGGAAGUGUGCAGAAGGAGGAGUUCUUCCACUACGGCCUCGCCGUGCCGAUCUACACGCACUUCACGUCGCCCAUUCGGCGCUACGCCGACAUCAUCGUCCAUCGGCUGCUGGCGGCGUGCAUUGGCGCCGACGGAACGUACGCUGAGCUGCUGGACAAGCGCGCCUCGGCGGAACUGUGCAAGAAUCUGAACUAUCGCAACCGGAUGGCACAGUACGCGGGCAGAGCGUCCGUGGCGCUCAACACGCAUCUCUUCUUCAAGGGCAAGUCGCAGGAGGAGGAAGGAUAUGUGCUGCUGGUGCGGAAGAACGCUCUGCAAGUCAUCAUCCCCAAGUUCGGCCUCGAGGGCACGAUCUACGUGAAGGACAAGGCGGGCAGGGACAAGACCUCCGCCCACUUCACCUACGACGAGCACAAUUGCACGCUCCAGAGCGGCAGUGUCAUCUUCCACGCCUUCGAUCCCGUCACAGUGCGCCUGAGUCUGGAUUCCUCAAAUGUGCAGCACGAGAAGCUGCUCUUCGAUCUGGUGAAGCCACACAUUGAGGGCUUCAGUGUGGCCACGGAGAAGCGCAAGGAGGCGCCGACAGAAGCUCCUCCACAGCAGCAACAGAAGAAGAAGGCCAGGAAGGAGAGGAAGUAGAGUUCAGGAUGAGUGAAAGAUUGUGUAACUGACACACCGUUUAUGCUUAAGAAUUAUAACAUUGAAGAAGCA